AUGACGCAGAUGAAGAACAGCCCUACUCAUUGGAGCAAGGCUGAGCCUGAUCAUUUCAGAGUACCCUCUAAGGUGGUUUCCAUUCCUGUUUACUUCGUGGGUUCAGAGCGCACCAGAACCGAUUCUGCCAUAAAGAUUCAGAGGAUGUUGAGAGGGUUCCUUGUGAGGAACGCGAUGAAGAAGAUCGCUGCAAUGAGGGUGGAGUUGGAGCGGAUCGAGAGCGGGAUUCGAAUGGAAGUGCUGAGGAGGGAGCAAAAGGAGAGGGUGAGGGUGAUCGAAACCAUCAUGAACUUGCUUCUUAGACUGGAUUCUGUUCGGGUGUUGCACUACUCUGGCCUCCGGGAAUGCAGAAAGUCUGUCAUAAAAAAAGCUAUUGCCGUCCAAGAAAUGCUUGACGAAAUGUCUGUUCCGGCUUCAGAGAAAGAGGAGGAGGAAGAAGUGAAAAAAGAGAGGGAGGGUGAUUGUGGGGUGGGAGAAGAUGAAGGUAAUGUAAUGGAAAGUUUGCAGAAUGAGAGUGGGUGCAUGGAAGAAGAAAGCAUUGAGUUUGAAACAAGUUUGGUUGAGGGAAAAGAGGGUGAAGUUAUAUGUGACGAGCAAGAGAAAAUUGAAGGUUUGAGGAGUGAGGAGGUGGAAGAUGGUGAAGAAGGAAAGAGUUUGGUGAAAGAGGAGAAAGGGGAUUGUGAAAGAGAGGAAGGAGAUGGGAAGAAGAUGGAGUUGUUGUUAGAGAAGCUUGUGGAAGACAAGCAGAAUAUGAUGGAGAUGAUGGUGCAGCUUUUUCAGAGGAACGAAACACAGACUAUACUUCUCACCUCUCUCUCGCAAAGGGUGGAGCAGCUUGAGAGAGCCUUUGUCAGUGAGAAGUUGAGGAGGAAGAAAAAGAGCAAGGCUGAUGUCAAAAAGAAGUACUCUUGCCCUAAAAAUGGCUUCCACUGA